AUGUCUAAUAAUUCAAAUAAAAGAAGAUUAUAUCGAGAUGCUAAGGAAGAAACAAGAAAACAAGUGAAAAUAGAAACACCAGAUACAGAAACACCAUCCGAUUUGGAAAUUUCAUUACCAAAGAAAAGAUUUUAUAGACAAAGAGCUCAUUCAAAUCCGUUUAGUGAUCAUGCAUUAAAUUAUCCAAUAAAUUCAGAUUCAAUGGAUUGGAAACAAUUAUAUCCACAAAAUUAUCCAAAUUACCAAGUUGAAAUAGCUGAUAUUGGUUGUGGAUACGGUGGAUUAAUGAUUCAAUUAGGUCCAGAAUUUCCAAAUUCGCUAAUUUUAGGUAUGGAAAUUAGACAACAAGUGACACAAUAUGUAGAAGAUAGAAUACUAGCAUUAAGACAAAUGAAUAAAGAUAAAGAUUAUAAAUAUGGAAAUAUUCAGGUUCUUAGAGGUAAUUCAAUGAAAUUUCUUCCAAAUUUUUUCAAAAGGGGACAGCUAUCCAAAAUGUUCUUUUGUUUUCCUGAUCCACAUUUCAAACAAAGAAAACACAAGGCUAGAAUUAUAACAAAUACUUUGUUGAGUGAAUACGCAUAUAUUUUAAAAGAAGGUGGUGUUAUUUAUACAAUUACUGAUGUUGAAGAUUUACAUUUAUGGAUGGUUAAACAUUUAGAUUCACAUCCAUUAUUUGAGAGAUUGAGUAAAGAAUGGGAACAACAAGAUAAAUGUGUUGAAAUAAUGUAUAAUUCAACUGAAGAAGGUAAAAAAGUUGAAAGAAAUAAUGGUUCAAAAUGGAUUGCAUGUUAUAAAAGAUUACCAAAUCCAGAUGAUACUGAAUAG